AAAAUUUAAAUUAGAAAAAAGAAAAAAAACUCUAUCAAAAUGGUUGUAAAUUUUAAAGUUUUCAAAAAGGCAUCGCCCAAUAACAUGAUCACCCUGUAUAUGAACAGGCGUGAAUUUGUGGAUUCGGUGACACAAGUGGAACCAGUUGAUGGCAUCAUUGUCUUGGACGAUGAAUAUGUGCGUCAGAAUCGCAAAAUUUUCGUGCAAUUAAUUUGCAAUUUCCGUUACGGCCGUGAGGAUGACGAGCUGAUUGGCCUACGCUUCUCCAAGGAGCUAAUUUUAGUUUCGCAACAAGUCCAUCCCGAACAAAAAGUGGAUAUAACACUGACGAAAAUGCAGGAACGUCUUCUCAAGAAAUUGGGUUCGAAUGCAUUCCCCUUCGUUAUGGAAAUGCCACCAAGUUCUCCGGCAUCGGUGGUGUUGCAACAAAAAGCCAACGACAACACCCAGCCCUGUGGUGUCCAAUAUUUCGUUAAGGUGUUUGCUGGCGAAAAUGAUUGUGAUCGUACGCAUCGCCGUAGUACCAUUAAUUUGGGUAUACGCAAGGUACAAUAUGCACCCACCAAGCAGGGUAUUCAACCGUGCACAGUGGUACGUAAAGAUUUCCUGUUGUCGCCUGGAGAAUUGGAACUGGAGGUGACAUUGGAUAAACAAUUGUAUCAUCACGGGGAGAAGAUUGCCAUAAAUAUUUGUGUCCGCAACAAUUCCAAUAAGGUUGUGAAGAAAAUUAAGGCUAUGGUGCAGCAGGGUAUCGAUGUGGUGCUCUUCCAAAAUGGGCAAUUCCGUAAUACAAUUGCAUUUUCGGAAAGUGCUGAGGGUUGUCCUUUGAAUCCUGGCUCUAGCCUGCAAAAGGUUAUGUAUUUGGUGCCGAAUUUGGCGGCAAAUUGUGAUCGUCCUGGUGUCGCUGUCGAGGGUGAUAUUAAACACAAGAAUACCUCAUUGGCUUCAACAACAUUGAUUGCCAGUCCAGAUGCUCGUGAUGCUUUUGGCAUAAUUGUUUCCUAUGCCGUUAAGGUUAAACUAUUUUUGGGUGCCUUGGGUGGUGAAUUAUGCGCUGAACUACCAUUCAUUCUGAUGCAACCAAAGCCCAGCCGCAAACAAUUGGAAGCAGCUGAAACUGAAGAAGCCUAAA